GAGCGCUUCGGCCAAGAGGGUAGAUCUAGUCGUAGUCUACAGUGCAUUGGAGAACGAGGUACUGCUGGUGCUGAAGCUAAUCCGAGGGGAUUGACUGCCUCUGUGGCAAGAGGAGAGGUGAAAAAAAGACGAGUCGGCUGUGAACUACUUACCCAAACAAGAGCCGUUAAGUUUUUAUAUUAAACUAACCUCGAGUGAACAAUAUCUGAACUGACUGAAGAACCACAAGAUGCAGACAACAUAUUUAAAUGGAUAUGUCUACGACGAGACAAACAGGAUUUACCCGUAAAGAUUUUCAGCGUUACAUCGGAAGAUAAACAUGGAUGACGGAAUAACGAUGGCUUUGUGGAAUUAAGGCCGAAGCGGUGUUGUUUCUACCCUUUUCCCGGACAAAGAUUACGCUGCGCGUGCUGUUCAAGAUACUCAAGUGCUCAACACUGCAAAGAUGCAUAGGCUGUGGAGACGGGAUGUGCCACUCUCCGAGCGUUUGGGGGAGGCCUCUCCGGCCGGGGCAGUGCUGGGGACGCCGGCCACCGUGGCCCCCGCUGGCCCCAACAUCUCCUGGCUGCCGGAGGCGCCGCUGCUCACCCCGGACCAGCCCAUCUUCCUCAUGACCACGGCCGCGCAGGCCGUCUCCGGCUUCUUCGUGUGGACGGCGCUGCUCAUCACCUGUCACCAGAUCUACAUGCACCUGCGCUACUACAGUGCACCUAAUGAGCAGCGCCACAUUGUGCGCAUCCUCUUCAUCGUGCCCAUCUACGCCUUCGACUCGUGGCUGAGCCUCCUCUUCUUCACCAGCGAGCAGUACUACGUCUAUUUCGACACCGUGCGGGACUGCUACGAGGCCUUUGUGAUCUACAACUUCCUCAGCCUGUGCUAUGAGUACCUGGGAGGGGAGAGUGCCAUCAUGGUGGAGAUCAGGGGCAAGCCCAUUGAGUCCAGUUGUGUCUAUGGGACUUGCUGUCUGUGGGGUAAAGCCUACUCAAUUGGCUUCCUGCGCUUUUGCAAGCAGGCCACGCUGCAGUUCUGUGUGGUGAAGCCUCUGAUGGCCAUGGUCACGGUGAUCCUGCAGGCGUUUGGGAAGUACCGUGAUGGGGACUUCAACGUGGCCACUGGGUACCUGUACGUGACCAUCAUCUACAACAUCUCGGUCAGCUUGUCUCUGUACGCUCUGUUCCUGUUCUACUUCGCCACCAGAGACCUUCUGAGCCCCUACAGCCCCAUGCUCAAGUUCCUCAUGGUCAAGUCCGUCAUCUUCCUCUCCUUCUGGCAAGGGAUGCUGCUGGCCAUCCUUGAGAAGUGCGGUGCCAUCCCCCAGAUCAGCUCUGCCGAGGUGUCCGUGGGCGAGGGCACGGUGGCGGCGGGCUACCAGAACUUCAUCAUCUGCAUCGAGAUGUUCUUCGCCGCCCUGGCCCUGCGCCACGCCUUCACCUACAAGGUCUACAUGGACAAGCGCUUGGACCCGCAGGGCCGCUGUGCCCCCAUGAAGAGCAUCUCCAGCAGCCUGAAGGAGACCAUGAACCCCGGGGACAUGGUCCAGGACGCCAUCCACAACUUCUCGCCGGCCUACCAGCAGUACACGCAGCAGUCCACGCUGGAGCAAGGCGCCCCUGCCCCGCCCGUCUCCCGUAACCAUGGCACCACGGUCGCCCGUGACAACGAGAAGACCUUACUGCUGAGCUCCGACGACGAGUUCUAAAGUGUGGUUUUUCCAUGAGCAUCUCCUCUAUACGUCGUUCCUCCAAAUUAUGAUCAGUCCCAGAUUCAGACUUUUGAAGGGGGGAUUUUUAUUGUACUUCAGAUGGACUUGGGACCUCCUAAAGGCAAAAUGAGACCAACCUGGUCGUGCAGUCACACUACACAACUAUUAUUCAAAAGCUUUGUGUAUAUUUCUUUGUGCUUUUCUGUUGAUAUUGCUACAUCAGAUGCCUGACUGGGAACUCACUCACAGGUUCUCCACUGUGGACAAUCAACCUGACACAAUCAAACUCCAACCUGAUACACACAGUAGUUCCAGUAGUUCUAUAUUAGAAAGAUCAACAUUUCAAUGGCUAUUACAUGUUGAUUUUAUAUAUAUGCCGUUUGUACUCAACUGACAUUGCUUUUGAGACUGCUUACUGGCCGAUAUGUUGUUUUCCCAUGGGUUGAGUCUUAACAUCCCAAAAUCCAUCUUUUUAAGCUUUUAAAGGCUUUAAAAAGAUGUCCCAUCCUCUGCUUUAGCUAUCUAUUGUGGUCUCCUCUGUAGUGGUGUCCAUCCAUGAGUGGUGUCAUUGUUGGUGUUGACGGCAAGUGGUGCUGCGGAGGACCCUGACCUCACAAAGACCGGCAUCUGUCUGGAAUUAGUCGUUUGUGUCAUUGUUUUUCCUGUGUUGUUGUUUACAGCGCGUGCUGGUCUGGUAGUGAGAGAGGGGAGGUGAAGGCUGGUCUCAUGGGCACACGGAUGGGUGCACAGGGAGUGCUUGAUGGGACAUGAUGAGAUUACAGAUUAAGAGAAACCUGCUCCAUGCGCCGGCUCUGGAGAGUAGCAAAUCGUCGCCGGGUGGGAUUAGGAGAGAGUAAUUGGGGCGUUAUCCGCAGUGCCCAGAUUAGUGCACUAACCAGAGGACCACUGCCGUUAAACUGUAAUCUGGGUUAGAUAGCAGCAAUACACAAACAUCUAGGUUAUGUUUAUAGAUGUGAGUGGGCUACGGGGAGAUAGGCUAGUGUUUAGCUGCUUUUAUGGUCUCCAUAUAUAUAUGUGUGUGGAGUUGGUUUUAUGGAGCACUUUGCAAGUGUGUGCAAAUAAGAUUUGCAUUGUGAACUUGUGGGUCUGCUUUAGUUUUAGCUUCAUGAGAGACGGACUUUUAAGGCUGUGUCUAGAUCGGUACAUCAUUAUGUGACAUGAUUCAUGGUCCAGGUCCAGGUCCUGGCAUUCCUGGUGGCACGUGCUGCUGAUCCGUGAGUAGAGUCAUGUAACUCUGCUGACUUCCACUCUCCACCACUGGAGGGAGAACAAGGAACCAAUUUUAUGACAUUCACUCGGUGAUCGAGGCAUAAAAAUACCCCCACUUGCACAACCGACACAUACGCACACACCUUAUCUGACGAAAACACAGACCAUUACCGUUAAUGCACACUUCUUCCGGGAAAGGACGGUGUGUUGAAGUUUGAGCUGACUUGGGAAGUAUAUAGCUCUCAGCAGUCGAUUUCACAGGAAAGAGGUUUGAUGUCUACUAUUUGUUUGGUAGGUUUGAUUCUUUAAUUGGGAUAUAUUGAUAUGGAUGUAUUUAUGCUCCUAUGGAAAUUAAAUUGCAGGGGCUUUUAUGGCACUAUUUCAAUUUAUUUUGUGGGGUCCUCAGAAGCAAAGGGUAUAUCUUUUACAUAUUGCCCUUCACUAGCCUAUACCUAAAAAUGUUAAUCACCUGAAAGUUAGAACAGUAACUUGACCUUUAAAAAAAUGUAUGUGAUUUGGCAAACUGUCAGAACAUGGGAUAUAUUUUAUUAUAUAUAAAUAUAUAUAUAUUGAAUUUGUUAUAGAAAAUAUAGAAGUGUGUACAUAGUUUUCAGGAAAAUUUUAAAUAUUGAAUAUUCAUAUUGAGAAAUAUGAAUGAUGUUAAGAUGGGAGGAAACAAAGGCUUAGUUUUGUACUCUUGCUCUGUUGUGUUAUUUUAUAUGGUUGCUUUUUUGUAAAACCGGUUCUGUUUAUCUGAAGUUCGAAGAUGAUGCUUAUAUUUUCUUCCUGGCAAUGAUGAAAUAAGAGUACAAAAUAAAUAAACAAAACUAUAGUUGUUCUUUA